GUGCGCCCUCUCGACUGGUGUCCUUCAACUUAAUCUCCAGGUCAUCCGAAUCGGGUUGUCUAACGGGGAAUUGUUGUUGGACUGCUCAGUGUGCUCAGAGCCGGGUGACAGCUGUAUAUAAUUCGGUUAGGUGUUAUUGUACUAUCAAUCCAACUUCCUAUUUCAUGUGUGUGGUGAUUCAUCUACUAAAAAAAUGAAUAGAGCAUCAUCCCUUGUAAAUGUAAGAUGGCUGGCUGAUAAAAUUGUAUCUGGUACAACUAAAAAUUUACGAGUUCUGGAUUCCUCAAGGUAUUCAUCAGAAACGAGGGAUGCUUUAGCUGAAUACAAAAAAGAGCACAUCAGAGGGGCUCUGUUCUUUGACAUCGGAGCAUGCUCAGAUGUGACGUCACCGUACUCAAACAUGUUGCCAAAUGCCCAGUUUUUUGCCGAUUAUGUUGGUAAUUUAGGAAUCAGUAACGACACACACGUUGUCACUUACGAUACCCACGAAUGUGGUAUCUUUUCGGCUGCGAGAGCAUGGUGGAUGUUCCAACAUUUCGGACACCCUAACGUCUCUGUUCUGAAUGGAGGACUACAAAGGUGGAUAAAAGAAGGCUAUCCAUUGACUGACGAACCCACAGUAGUUGAACCAGAGAAAUUUCAAGCUUCAGUCUCCAACAUGUCUGAGGUUAAAACGUUUGAAGAUAUUGUUCAGAAUAUAAAAGAUGGUCGUUUCCAGAUGAUGGAUGCACGAUCUCCCACUGCCUUUGAAUCAGAAGAAGAUCCUAAAAGCCAUAUUCCAAGAUCCAUCAACAUACAUUUUCAAAACAUAAUGGAUGCAGAGACUGGAGAAGUAAAAAGUACAGAAUUAUUGAAAAAGCUUUUUCAAGAAAAGAAUAUUCAACUAGACCGGCCACUGACUGCAGUUUGUAAUACUGGUGUGACUGCAUGUUGUUUAUUAUUAGCCGCUAAGUUAUGCGGCAAAGAUGAUGCAUGUUUGUAUGAUGGAUCUUGGAGUGAAUAUUCAAAGAGAAUAAACCCUGUAGGAGGAAAUGGGAGGGGAAAGGCAUAAAGCAGUUCUUUCUGUCAUACUUUUUAUUAUCCAUUGCAUGGAGUUUUGCUUUGUAGAAUUUUAAGAUUUUUUGGCUUCAUUAAUUUCUUUUGUCGUGUAUGCCACCAAUUAGUUGACUUGCAUGUGUGAAGCACAAAAGGGUCAAUUUCUUGUCAAUUGGUAUUUGAACAACCACUUGUACUACUGUCAUCCAAGUCGAAAUCAAUGUAUAUUUUACAUUCCUCAUUUUUGUUGCUUCAUUUUGUUUAUGAGACAUACUCGGUAUAUCGAAUACAAAGUAUUACAUCUGUGGGACUUCACUCCCGUCAAGCACUUUUUCCAACGCCCAAAGCCGAAAUGGCAAUCAAGGUUAACAGGGUUGUUUGUUUGAUGAAAAGUUUGCUUUUUCAAAUUAUUCUUAAAAAUGAUGGUAUUGAUGCAUGUUGUAUUGUAAGUUGAUUCAUAAUGGCAUGACCAUGUUUGUCUUAACAUACUUUGAGCGAUUUCGUUCAAGUUGUUUUACUCAGGGGGUAGCAUGAUAUCAUUCUGAAUACUCUUCCAACAUUGAAUUGUAAUAUACAACAAUUCACCAUAUUUUGCCUAAUUUCUCCAAGGGUUUCAUCUAUUUUUGACAAAUUCACGAAUAUGUCUUUUCAUUAACAGUAUAGUACUCCUAUGUUAUAUUGGUGCUAUUGCUAGGUCAUUAAAUCGGACAGUUUCAAAAUGAAG